UGCACAACAGAAAAACCUCAAUGAAUCGAUUGACUCGAACACUCACCUUUCUCAACUCGUCCGACUCCAAACGAUUCCACUCAUUCAUCAGCGAUUCCCGCCUUCGCUUUUCAACUGUGAAAUCUCUCGCCGUCCCACUCUCCGUCAUAACCUCCGCCAUGAAUCCUUCUCAAUUACCUCAAACUUCAGAAGUUUUUCCGCCGUACCCAACCGCUUAACGCCGACGGGAAUGGAUUUUUGGGAUCGGCAUGAGGCGCCCGGAUUCGAAGAAUUUGUUCGGGUUCAUGGUGGAGGUGCUGCUUCUAAUUUAGAAGGUUCUAAUGAGAGUGUAGUGGAAGAGCGAGAGCCUGAUGAGGUGAAUGAAGAAAAUCAGAGUCGAUCGUACGAAAGGAAGGUUUUGCCGGAGGAACUUUCGAGGAAUGUAAUUACGCUCACCUGUGAAUCUUCUGCUGAGGGAGGUAUUUGCGAUGUAUAUAUUGUUGGAACCGCUCACGUUUCUGCGGAAUCCUGCCAAGAAGUCCAAGCGUUGAUCAGUUUCUUGAAAUCCCAGGUUGUUUUCUUGGAGAUAUGCUCAGGCCGUGUGGCUUUACUUAUACCUCAUAAUUCAAAGGUACCAACUGUGGGGGAUAUGGUGGAUAUGUGGAAGAAAAAUUAAAAUCCAUUUGGGAUACUCUAUAGCUGGUUAAUUGCUAAGGUAUCAUUAGCCUCUACAUGUUGCUACCAGCUUGAAGUUGUACCUGGGGGUGAGUUCCGUGUGGCCUAUGAAGAAGCAAUGAAGUAUGGGGGAAAGGUGAUACUUGGUGACUGUCCUAUGCAAAUAACUUUGGAAAGAACAUGGGCAUAAAUGCCGCUUUGGCACAAAACAAAAUUCUUGUCCUCCUUGUUAUUCCAAGCAUUAUUUUUACCAAAGACGGAAGACCUCAACAAGAUGUUGAAGGAAAUGGAUGAUGUCGAUAUGUUGACUCUUGCAAUUCAGGAAAUGAGCAAGCGCUUCCCCACUCUUUGGACUACUCUAGUUCAUGAGCGAGAUUUGUUCAUGUCAUCUACAUUACUAAGAGUUGCCAGUGAACACAACUCUGUUGUAGCAGUCGUUGGGAAGGGUCACCUUCCAGGAAUCAAGAAGAGCUGGAAACAACCCAUUGAGAAACGUGCCAUCUCUGUCAUUAGAAUUUUGUCAACACUCGGAGUUGCAGUCGCAGGGGCGGCAAUAAUAUCUGGCAUUUAUACUUCAAUUAAGAAAUAACAUCAUUGGCUCAUAUACGUUUACAUGCUGAGGUCAUGCAUUCAACUCUGAUCUGUCCUACUGAUGUCGGAAAAUGGGGAAUCAUUGUUUUUGCAAAAUUCCCUGGUGGAAGGAACAACUUUGCUUCGAGGGAUCAUAUGCGACUCGCGAUCAAGAUCAAGGUGAAGGAGGUGAGGAAGAAGCUUAGUUCUUCUCAGCCAACAUGUUCAAUACCAGGUUUGCCUCGUAGUUUCCAGGUCUUCAUCCAUAUUCACAUAUUUGAGACUUUGCACGGUUGCAAAUUUACCAACCAAUAGCUAUAAUAUGACACUUUUCCGGUACCAUUUUUUUUUCACAGCAUGCAAAUUUUUUGAUGCUUUUCAUUCAUCCUCUAAAAUUUUUUUUACAAGCAUCAAAAAUGUAAAAUAUUAUGUUCAGGGAGUACUUAUUGCAUUGCACUAAGUUAAGUUGAAACCACUUUGUUCAAUUUUUAAAUUUUGAAAUCACAAAAUCCUGGCGUAGCUGCUAAAGCCUACAUUAUCUCGA